AUGACACCUUUUGAGGCGUUGUAUAGGCAAUCAUGUAGAUCACCGCUUUGCUGGACUGAGAUUGGGGAGCGAGCAUUGCUUGGACCGGAGUUGCUAGAGCAGAAGACAGAGAAGAUCCAGUUGAUUCGGGCUAGGAUGAAGGCAGCUCAAGACCGUCAGAAGAGUUACGUGGACAGACGAUGCCAGGAUUUGGAGUUUGAUGUGGGUGACCAUGUGUUCCUUCGAGUCAUGCCAAUGAGGGGAGUUCGACGUUUUGGAGUAUCUGGCAAGUUGAGUCCUCGUUAUGUGGGACCGUUUGAGAUACUGGAGCGAUACGUGGCAGAUCCCGGGCAUAUUAUUGAUUAUCACCCGCUCGUGGUGCAAGAUGACGCGUCGUACAUCGAGUUGCCUGCUAGCAUUAUGGAUCGGAAAGAGAAAGUGCUCCGUAACCAUACGAUUUCCUAUGUAAAGGUCUAG